CUCAUCUAAUCAAAAUAAAUAUCAAAACAUAAACAAAAAAAAUUGAAGAAUUCUCAUACCGCUCUCAGUACGUUUAAAAUUCGGUGUGAAUUAGACGUUUUUUCGGCAAUCAUGUCGAAUUUUUUGCUAUUUUUUGUCUUCGCAAUCAGUUCAAGUCACGUAUUUUGUGCAAAUAUUUUGUACUUGAGUCCCGUUCCGACAACUAGUCAUUUUAUUUGGAAUCGCGCUUUAGUGAACGGUUUGGCAGCAAAGGGACACAAUGUAACUGUCGUUUCGAACGAUCUUGACAAAAAUGCCCCAAAAAAUGCGCAUUACAUCCACUUGGAAAAGACUUAUGAGAAUUUCGAAACUGGCGACGAGACCUUCGACUUGGUCGAAAGCAACAAUGAGGGAAUUUACGACGGAAUUAAGCUGGUGUACGAUUGGUGUCACGUCGCUUCCGUCGGAAUGUCGAUGUCGGAAGGCUUUAAAACGCUCCUGAAUUAUCCGGAUAACUUUAAAUUUGACGUCGUUGUUCACGAUUUCACUUGCGGCUCUUUUUUGUUGGGAUUUUUGGAGAAAUUUAACAAUCCCCCCGUCGUUUCGGUGACAGCUUUUAACUUUCCUCCGUAUUCCAUAGAUUUUAUUGGAGGUCACAAGCACUUUGCUUAUGUGCCUUUUUAUCUGUUACAGUACGGGAGUGACAUGAAUUUUUAUCAGCGAAUGUACAAUAUGGGAAUUCAUUUGAUGGAUAAAUAUCUUCGUCAAGUUGUGGCGAAUGAUCAGAUGACGAGUUUGAUGAGGAAAUCUUAUCCUUUUGAGUUGCCACAUGUGAAUGAGUUGGAAGCGAGGAAUGUUUUGAUGCUCGUGAAUAUCAAUCCAGCGAUAGAUUUUCCGGAACCGAUGCCUUCGAAUAUCAUUCCAGUGGGAGGUCUUCAGAUAAAAGAAAGAAAACCUCUGCCAAAGGAACAAGAAGACUUCAUCAAAGCCGGUAAAAAAGGCGCCAUUUUCUUCUCUCUCGGCACAAUGGUCCAAAGCGAAUUACUUGGCGUCGACAAAAUCCAAAUGUUCCUCGAUGCCUUUGCCCAAAUCCCUCAAUACAACUUCUUGUGGAAGCUAAAAAUGGACUCUUUGCCCAACGUUUUGCCGAAAAAUGUCAUGACAAGUCCCUGGGUUUCGCAAAAUGACGUCUUGGCACAUCCAAAUACCAAAUUAUUCUUCAGUCACGGCGGACUCUUAAGCACGCACGAAGCUUCAUGGCACGGAGUCCCGAUUUUAGGAUUGCCUUUCCACUCGGAUCAAUUCAUCAAUUUGGGAAAAGCGAAACGUCUUGGCGUCGCAGAGUUCAUCGAAUUCGGGAAAUUAAGCACCGAAUAUAUCCGAGAUAAUCUCCUAAAAAUGCUAAAUGACCCGAAAUACAUGAAAAAUACGAAAACCGUGUCAAGACGCUUCCAAGAUCAACCGGAGAAACCUUUGGAAAGAGCAGUUUGGUGGAUCGAGUAUAUCGUGCGGGAUCCAAAUCCGACACAUUUGAAGUCUCCAGUGAUGGAUUUGGGAUUUUUGGCUGCCAAUUGUUAUGAUAUUGUGAUUUUCGUUACUUUUGUAGUGAGCGUUGUUCUGUUUUUGAGCAUGAAAGUCUGUUGCAAAGUCGUGAAAUUCUUCAAAAAAGAGAAGAAAGCUGGAAAGGAAACGAAGAAAAAUCAAUAAAUCAGGGACAAUUUUUUAGAUUUUAAGUUAAAUUUUGUACCUAUUCAAUUUUUUUUGAAGAUUUUUUAUUGAAAAAGAGCAAAAUUUUAGGUAAAUCGUUAAAAAUUUAAUUUUUGGUGAGAGAAAUGAAAAAUUUACGGGUUAAUGUUGA